AUGUCGACCACCACCUACGCCUACUUCAAACCAAACGCACUCUCGAACCCGGGUUACAUCUACGGGAGAACCUCCGACGAAGGGGACGGUGACGCUACGACGCUACCAGUGGUGCGAGUUCAGAGCGGACGAUGGAAAGAUGGCGACGAGAUGACAGCCGACCGCGACCGUUCAGGGGUUGAGUCGCGCUCUGUGAGUGAGGCUGAGGCCCUGAGCGGAAUCGGCACUUACGUCGGCGGCUGCCUCUGCGUUGCGCGAGUCCCCGCUGGGGCUGCCAAAAUUUGGGAGUAUGGGGUAGCCGUGGGUUACUACUGGAAUGAGGCCACGUCAAGCGGCGUCUUGCAUCUUGUGUUUUGCGAUGGGGGUGCUGACAUCCCUUUCGACGAACGCAUGCUGCUCGACUUGGCCCCGGAAACUAACGCACUUCGGCCUGUGCCCGUCGUGCUUGAAGCGUACAAGUACUUCAACGGCAUUGGCCGUAGAUCAUCUCGGAAGUCAGCGACAAUUUUAUCCUCACUACAUUAUCCAGCAGUCGACGAGUCAAGCCACAUUCCACUGUUCGACGAGGCUCCUCUUUCUGCCGCAUCCCGGCACUGGACGUGGAUUCUACUCUUGGGACUUUGGAUUUCUUGGCCUCUCUCUAAUGCACUUCGCGAGAGUAACGGCGAAGGCGCGCCACACCUCCACCCAAGUGCGCAGCGCCGGAGAGUUGUCGACGCGAUCAUAAGUGCAAUCGACUGCCUCACGAAAGCCGUGACCACUGCUUACCAGCCAUUCGUAGCCACCAUGCUCAUUGAACUCCGUUCAUUUUUCCUAGAUGUGAAGAACGAAGGCGUUGCUAACUCUGCAAGUGACGCUCAAGAGCUCGUGUACUGGAUCGACGACCGGUUUGAAUAUUUCGGAGCCACCUCGCGAGCGCUGACACAACGGCGGAAGCAGCAACACAGUGCUCAGAGACCAAAGAGUGCCACCCUGUUCCUGCUUCGGUCCUCAAGGCGUUGCCGUAGAGCAAAGGCAAGCGGCUCUGCAUGCGGUACCUUUCAAAUGAGAGCUGCCCCGGACGCGAUGCUACCGGAGGCAGUGGUCUCAUUUAUCGACGAGCGCUACGGUGGUCUUGCCCCUGCAUUUACCGAUAUUUCAGCGGAAGAAGGAGCCUGA